UACGUGACCUUGAGCGUCAGUUCCAUAAUGGCUGAAGAUCCCGGAGGAGCAUUCUGUAAUUUCACUCUUAUUUUUAUCGUUUCUUCGUUAUCUCUGCUGGGAAGAUGGCAGGGCACACAACCUCGAUAAACGUCCGUAGACCCCCGCUGUCGUCAUGCCCAAGAAAGGGAACCGAAAACGGCUGAAAUUUAAAGCCGAUGAUGUUUGCUCGGAGUCAGUAACUGUGGCUGACUAUGCCAACGCCGACCCUGCCAUCGUGAAGUCGGGAAGAGUUAAGAAGGCUGUUGUUAAUGCAAUUGAAAAAGAAGUGAAAUUACUCUGUGGUCUCGAGGCAUCCCAGGGUCCUGUGCAGGAGGUGCUGUCCUCUGCUGGUGGUGUGAGCAAUGCAGCCCCUGGGAGCAGUGAUGAACUGGACUCAGAGGAAGGGGAUGAAGUCAAAGGGUCCCGCAAAAAGAAAAACAAAAGGCGUAAAGAAGAUAGUGAGAGCACAGAUGGAGGAGAAUAUCCUAUUGAUAUUUGGCUUGUGCUUGCCGCAUACAUUCGGCCAGAGGAUGUUUGCAGAUUUGCUCUAAUCUGCAAGAAUGCUUGGACCGCCACGUGCACAGCUGCAUUUUGGACACGACUUUACAAACGGCACUAUAAUAUUGAUGCAGACCUCCCUGAUCGACUACAGCCUGAUUCUAUGGCAAAGAUGCAUUGUCUUCGCGCCCGUGUGAUUUGUUCGCUUUUUCACCUAUAUGAACCGUUUAGCUUGCGGGUGUCCAAAAACCCUCCUUUUCCAGAAUCCACACCUACAACACUGCUGAAUUCCAAGUGUUUGUUGUUUUGGGUCAACAAAGUCCCUGGAAGUAGAUCGGAGCCAAUGUGGGAAUUUAACUUCAAAUUUGUCAAGCUGCCAACUAGGACCAAAAACGGAUGUGACCCUGGUCUUCCGCUGCCCAGGCAGUAUAAAGAUGUUCACACUAAUCCAGACUCUGACUGUUAUCUUUUGCGAGUCACCACACUAAAUUUCAUUUUCACUUCUGUUGUUAUGGGCAUGACAUUAACCUUGUUCACUAUUAAUGUGAGUACAGACAUGAGGCAUCACCGAGUACGCCUGGAGUUCCAGGAUUCACCAGUUAUUCGUGGGAAGAAGCUGAGGGGUGAGCAGGGGGUGCAGGUAGUGCUAGACCCUGUCCACAGUGUGCGCCUCAUGGACUGGUGGCAUCCUCAGUACCCUAUGUCUUUAUAUAAUUAGACUAAACAGCUCUAAACAAACACAAAGUCUUUGUAGAUUACUUGUUUUAUCCCAGAAUGUCCUAAGACAGCUUUGUCUCUUGGAAUAAUUAUUUUUCCAUGUUUCUUUAGUUUUACACAUUGUACUUGGUACACUAGUUUUAUGGAUUUAAUGUUUUCUUUGUACCAUAACUGGCUUAGACCUUUAAGUAGACACCAUAUUUUUGUAAAGGUCUGUUCGAUAUUUACGAUAAUGUCAAAUUGUCACAACCUAUGUUUUCCGCAGUUUUUGGUCCAAUUGAAGUUUGUGGUAAAAUGUGUUUUAUUGGCAGAACUACCGAUCCACAUAAGAUGCAUUAGUGGAUUUUUGUCCUUCAAAUUUUGUGGCAAAAAGAAAUUGAGUGUACCAAAUUAAAUAUGGCAUCUAUUUUAAGGUCCAAAGUGCUUUCCCCUUGCUUUAAUAAAAGCUGAUUUAAGAUCAGUCUUGCUAUGCCAUUGGCACUGUUAGUGUUUUAAGACUGUUGUUAGAUCUGCAUUAAAGGGCAUGCUUAAUUCAUUACUGAGUAACAGUAAUUUGUUCACUUGUGAAUUAAUAGUCCAUUUUUCUCUGUAGCAGACCCUAUGGUGAUCUUUAUGCUGAACUCAUUCCAGCUGUCUGCAAAUGUGUAAAUCAGAAAGCACUCGCUUAUUAGAAAAAUUACUUUUAAUUCACUUGUAAAUGCGGUGGUCUGCUCUGAAGUGACGUAAAUCAAUCGCAAUAGCUUUUAGCUUGGUGUUAGAUGUAGGAGGCGAAGCGUGAACAAUGUAUGCAUUCAGUGCUUUGUUUGGGACAUUUUCUGACUUCAGCUUUGAAACUGUGCAUGCUUGCCUAGCUAAAGUGUCGCCUGCAAACAAUAUUGAGCAGGUUUCUGCAUAUUGUAGAUAUUAAAUUGUCUUAAAGAAUGAACAAAUGGUCCGGGAUUUGAAUUUCUUGCUUUUACAGUCAAAUCUAGAAGUAUAUUAAGUUCCUUUUCAUUUAAAAUUUGCUUUUUUAGAUUGGAAAGUUGAAUCACAAGGUGCUGAUGUUGCUCGAUUAAAUAAACAUCUUAAUGUGU